GGUCACUGCGCGUGCGAGUAGGAGAAACGGUCAUCGGAAUAUAUGAUACUUUCAUCGCCCCACAUGCGAUUCAGAUUACUCAGCCAUGUUUGGUUUUUCCGGUUAAGUAAUUUUACCGGUGAACUGCGUCUGUCAGCGAGUCCCUCUCGCCGCUUCAGAACCGCAUUUCACACCACUCCUCCGUUUCUCUUCGCCCGGCAACUCACGAUGCAGUCGAGUCAAAAUGUGACCAGCGGGAGCGGCUGCGGGGAGGAGGGCUCGGUCCGGGCAGCAGGGCCGGGGCUGAUCCGCAGCAUACCCGCUAUCACAACAGAAGAUGCGGGUCUUCCGGCAGAGAAGAAAUUAGUGGUGAGCACGCUUGUCGUUAACGAGAGAAACUUGAGGACCCCGAGUCCUCUGUUUGGGGCCAAUGACGAUAACGACUCGGAGGCAGAGUCUUUCCGGGAUGGGAGAACCGAGGAGGUCGACCGGGACACCAGAGGCAGGGCGUUUGCCUGGUGCCGAGACUUUCUGUCAGGGUCCUGGAAGGUCAUCAAGGAGGAGGAUUUUCAAAUCAGCAUCGUCAGUGGUGGGCUGAGUAAUCUCCUUUACAUGUGUAGUUUGCCAGACCAUGUGCAGUGUGUGGGAGAGGAACCUCGCCAGGUGCUCCUCAGAGUCUAUGGUGCCAUCUUACAGGGGGUGGACUCCUUGGUGUUGGAGAGUGUGAUGUUUGCCAUCCUGGCAGAACGAACUCUAGGACCAAAACUUUAUGGCAUCUUCCCUGAUGGACGCUUGGAACAGUACCUUCCGAAUACCAGAAUGCGCACAGAUCAACUUUCAGAUUCGGCCAUAUCAGCUGAGAUUGCCGUUAAGAUGUCCCGUUUCCAUGGGAUGAGCAUGCCCUUUAACAAAGAGCCUAAGUGGCUGUUUGGGACCAUUGACAAAUACAUGGAUCAAGUGAUGAAGCUUAGUUUUACACGUGAAGCACAUGUGAAGAAGUACAAGAAGCUGAUGAAGCUUGACCUGCCUGCCGAGCUGGAGAGUUUACGUGCACUGCUGGCAGCAACUCCAUCGCCAGUGGUGUUCUGCCACAAUGACGUCCAGGAAGGUAACAUUCUGAUACUGGAAGACGAAGAGCACAACGCAACAGAGAGACUCAUGCUGAUCGACUUUGAGUACAGCAGUUACAACUACAGGGGUUUUGACUUUGGCAACCAUUUCUGUGAGUGGAUGUACGACUACACAUACAACCAGUGGCCCUUCUACAAAGCCACACCAGAGGACUAUCCCACCAGAGAGCAGCAGCUUCAUUUUAUCAGAAGUUAUUUGACAGAGAAGAGAAAAUACUCAGACAUUCCCGUGGACCAGACACAGAUGGAAGAGGACAUAAUAAUUGAAGCGAACAGGUAUGCACUGGCAUCGCAUUUCCUCUGGGGGCUGUGGUCCAUCAUUCAAGCAAAGAUCUCCAAGAUUGAGUUUGGAUACAUGGACUAUGCCCAGUGUCGCUUUGAUGCCUACUUCAAACAAAAGAAGCUCUUCUCCUGAUUUCCAGCAUGUGAAUCAGAAUGUAAUGUCUCUUUUAUCAGCUUUGUCUUAUUGACACUUCCGUCCUAUGCAGCUCUGCUUAUGACAAGCAGUGUUGGGCAAAAAAAUAGACAUUUACAUUUUAGCAAAAUGCAGGCAAUCUGUUUUAUUGAAGCACCUUUCCCAAAAGUGUGAAAGAGCACUAGUUAGAGCAGGUAUAGCUCUAUAGCAUUGAAUGUUGUUUGUUUUUUUUAAUCAUUUGAUGGGCUCAGUCAAUCUGAUGGUCAAAAAAUCCAUUUGUUUUCAUUUCAGACUGCAAGUCACAGUGUUUUGGUCUUUUUGGUUUAGUAACGGUAUAGUAUUCAGUUCAUUGUGGAAGGCUUUUGUAUAUUUUUUGAUUUAGUUUUUUUCAGUCUUUCUACCUCACUUCUUUCUUCUGAUGUUCAUUCUACAUUAGGGUCAUUCUUUUAAGGUCCAACGAAGUUAAGUUAAAAACAUACUUACAUUCAGCAAAUUAUUGCACGAGGGCUAUUUUAUACAGUACCACUGUAGUCAAAAUACUGUUAAUGUAAUCAUUAGAACAGUUAUAAAGUUGAAGGCAGUUAAACAACCAUCAUUAGAUCUAUAUUAAUGUACAUUUUUGCUGCAUCUUUAAAUGUUAGUCAGCUUGUAUGAACUUUUGUCAUCUAUAUAAUAUUCUACACUGAUGAUGUUAUUCUGACCCUUUCCUUGUUUCAUUGUUUUUCUUUUGUUUUGUUUAGAAUCAUAACUGGAAUAUUUAAACAUUCAUACCUAUUAGGUUAACUAAAAUGUCCAUGUUUUACGCAUAUGCAACCACAUCAACCUUAAAUUAGAUCCAACAGUAAUUAAAAUCUGUUUUAUGAUAAAGUCCUGUGAUGACUUCCUUUAGCUUGUUUGAAUUUGGGGUAAGGUUUUGACUUUUUCUGUAAACGUCUUUUGAAUUUCUUUUUAAAUUUCCUUUAUGAUUCUUUUGUUUAUUUGGAUUGUCUUCUGUAUUUGGUGAAAUGUUCUUCUACCUGUUAACCUCUUGAUAUCCUUGUUUUACACAUAACUGUACCAUUUUACUUAUGACUUAUAACUGUGCCUCAUUCACUGCCUGUAGCUGGUUGGGUUUUUUUUAAAGUGUCAUCGGUCCAGAACAGUUCCAUUCUGUUUAAAGUUCUCUGUAUUACGUUGGUCCUUUUUGCACUACUAAAAUAUCAUAUAAAAGCUAAUAAAUCAUGUGCUUAGAACCUG